AUGACCACAAGUCCACAAAAAGUUGUCCCUUUCCAACUUUCCUCUCAGCCUGAGAGGUUUUCAGUGGGGAGGGUCACCGUGUCAGAGAAAAAGCAGCCGGUAGACCUGAGUCUCUUGGAGGAAGACAACCAGUUCAGGGAGUUCCCUGAGGAAGACUGGGCUGGCUUAGAUGAAGAUGAAGAUGCACAUGUCUGGGAGGAUGAUUGGCAUGAUGACAAUGUAGAUGAUGACUUCUCCAGUCAAUUAGGAGCUGGACUACAGAAACAUGGGUAUAAGAUGGAGACCUCAUAGCAUCCAGAAGAAGUGUUGAAGCAAGUUAAACUUGAACUGUUUACUAAAUUCUAGGACAGAGAACCCAGAAUGGGAUACUUAAAAAAAUAUGUUUAUUUCAUUACCUGCUUGGAUUUAUUUUUUUUGUAACACAAACACAUAAGAUGUUUUGCUCUUAAAAAAAAAAGGAGAAAAAUACUGUGGGGGAAUUUUGAAAAUAACUUUGUUACUUGGCACAUUGGUAUUGAUCUGAUAAUGAUGCUUGUUUUUGUAAAGAUUCACUAAUGAGCUAAGGUGUGUCUGCAUUGGUACCUUUAUGCCUUCAUUCAUUUGACAAAUAUUUGAGUGUCUGCCAUGAGCCAGGCACUGUUCUAAGUGCUGAUGAUACAGUGAUAAAUUAAGACCCAAGUCCCUGUGCUGAGUGACAUUUUAUUGUUGUUUUGAAUUAAGUUAAUUAUAGACUCUUCAUACUAGUAUGUAAUCAACAGGGCUGACCUAAAGUUGGGAAAUAAAUAGUUGUCAAAGUUGUGCAAUUUGAGGGUUACUAAGAGACUCAUUUACUCUAAAAUAUUCUACUCCUGGCCUUCAGUCCAUUGUUACCAGUUUGCUCCUAAUAAGUAAGAAUAUGUUCCAUUUUUUAUCACAGUCUUGGGAACACAAGGCUAAGAGAAAAUAAAUGGGACCUAGGAUUGAUAUGUUGGAUUAGCAGCUAAUGUUUAUUGAGUUUUUACCAUGUGUUAGUGUGUCAAGCAAGUACUUUAUGUACAUUAUCUCAGUUAAUCACUACAUGACUUACUUUAGUGCAUUUGACAUUAUGACCCACAAUUUACACAUUGGGAAACUGAGGCAUAGAGAUGUUAAAUCUGCUGAAGCUCACAGCCAGUACUUGGUGGAGAUGGAAUUUGGAUGUACUUACCAUGUAGUAGGUAAGAGUAGAAAGAAUACUGAUACAUACAGACUUGUGAUGUUCUACCAGUAUGUGAUGGCAUACUGUGUAGGUGGAAGGCCUUGGUGAGUGGUGGGGUGGGUCAAGCUCAAGACAGCUUGUUGUGGGGAGGGAGUGGACAGGGAGGGUUAUUGCUUGUUUCAACUGCUUCGCCCUUAGGCUUAAUCCUUUUUGUGAUAGUCCUGAAGCUCCAGAGUUGCAUUUAUAUAUAAGUGCUUGCUUACCCAGCUCACAGGUAAGAGGGACUGGCAGACCAGAGAUGAUCCUGGUUUUACCAGUCACUAUUGUAGUCAGAUUACUUAGUUUCUUUGGACUUCCAGUUUUCUCAUCUAUAAAAUGGAGGCAAUAAUGUUAUCUACCUGGUGUUUUUGUGAGGACGGAAUUAGAUGAUAAUACAUGUGAAACACAUAUCACAGUGGUGUGUAGUUAGUGUGCAUUAUUAUUGUUACUAUGUUAGUUUUUGUUGUUGUUUUUUGUUUCUUUGGCCAUGUUUAAUGUGGAAUGUUCAUUCAAAAAGAAAAAAAGUGUAUUGGAGAUUUUGGUGGAAUCUUAAAGUUGGCCAAAUUUAAGAAGUUCUGAAAUUUAGGUGUGCAUCACAGUUAUCUGGGAACUAGUGAAAACAUUUGUCAGAAAGGUGUGGGUGAGGCCUGGGCAUUAGCAUUUUAACAAGUUUCUCGGUUGAUUUACUUGCACACCAAAAUUUGAGAACCACUGGUUUAAAACUUCUUUAUCCUAUGCCUAGGGAAGGCUUCAAUAAUAACAAAAAAGUGUUUGGAUUAACCAGGCAGUGUAUGGUAGAAGGAAGUGAAAUAUCGAUUACCAGAAUCCCUUCAUUGAUUUUUUUUUUUUCUUUUGUUAAGUUUAUUUGGUGCUUAUAGGCAUUUAUCUUGAGAGGACAGGACAGUGUUAAAUUUCACACCUAGCUUUAAUUGUAAUGAUUUUUUUCAGCUUUUAACCAGCUUCAUUUGGAAGUGAACUGGUUAUAUUUAAUCUUUAAACAAUUAUACAAAUAGCAAUAGUAAGUAAUACUUGAAUAGAUCUUAAGACCUUGUUAAACUUUUAAAAUUGGAUUUCUUUAUGUAAUGUACUGUUUUGAAUUAACCAGACUUGGUAUUGUUAGCUGCAUCAGGCAGGCUCCCAGCAGGAGAGAAAUUUCAUCCUUGAUGGUGCAAAAGAAGAGCUUAUAGAGGUUAGAGAACAAACAAGG